CUUCCAGUUCCUGGGCUCGGCAAUUGUAUAGUCCCGGGCUCGCUGCCGUGUUCAUCUACACUAUUUAAACCAGAGCUGACUACACAUCAAUUGGCUUAUACUCCUCUCUGACUGUAAAGCAAUCCUGGUGUUCACAGUAGCAGCAACAGUCGAUUGAAACCAGCCGCGUGAUGAGGAUCUUCCACUUUAUUAAUACUGCCUUGGUCUGCAGCGCCAAUGCUUUGAAGUUCAUGGGAAACGACGCGCUGGCUGCUGAAGGUGCUAUCAAACUUGGACUGCAUCUCGCAGGAAAUGGAUUUCCGAGCCCGGGCGCUUGCACACUAGAAAGACUAUCCAUCCGCAGAGAAUGGGCGACACUGUCCCCCAAAGAAAGAAUAGCGUUCACUGAUGCCGUCAAUUGCCUCCAUGAGCUGCCAGCAAAGACCCCCGCUUCCGUUGCACCUGGCGCAAAGAGCCGUUUCGACGACCUUGUAGUAACACACAUCCAGCAGUCAUACAUGAUCCAUGGUACUGGCAGGUUCCUGACAUGGCACCGAUACUUUACCUGGACAUUUGAACAAAUGCUAAGAGAGGAGUGCGGCUAUAAGGGGACAUUUCCUUACUACAACUGGGCUCACUACGCCGAAGACCCGAAAAGCGGUCCAUACUUUGAUGGCAGUGCCUCCAGCAUGUCUGGUGAUGGCGUGUAUAUUCCAGGCCGAAACUCUUCUUGCUUUCCAUGGGAUGGCAUUACUGGCCCGUGCUACAUGCACCUCCAGCCCGGCACAGGUGGUGGAUGUGUCACCUCUGGUCCUUUCAGAGACUUCAAGGUCAACAUGGGACCACUCCAAAGUAUGCUUCAAAUCCCAGGCGGUCUCCCAAAGAACCCCCAAGCCGACGGUCUCGGCUACAACCCACGGUGUCUGUCCCGCGACAUCUCCCUGCAAGCCGCCAAUGCUACCUCUGACUACGAAGUCGUGAGCUUGAUAAAAAAUCACAACGACAUCGCAUCGUUCCAAACAGUGUAUCAGGGCGAAUUCGCCAAGGGCGUCAUGGGUGUACACACAGGCGGCCACUACACCAUAGGCGGCGAUGCCGGAUCUGAUUUUUUCAACUCACCCGCCGACCCAGCCUUCUACCCUCAUCACGGAAUGAUCGAUCGCGUCUGGUGGACGUGGCAGAACCUGGAUCUCAAAACCCGCGGAAGGGCGUUUGCAGGUUCUGCUGGCUCGCUCCUGGACGUGAACCCCAGAAACAUUACACUGGAUGAUGUGCUAGUUAUGGGACCCUAUGUUGGGUACCCGAAUCUGACGAUCGGUGACGCUUUGAGCACGGUUGGAGGCCCUUUCUGCUAUAUUUACGCGUAGGUCCUAUGAUGGAGCAAAAUUGUUCGAGUCAUCAAAAUUCUGCGAGCUAAUCGUAGCAAAUGAAACGCAAUCACACGCAAAGCUUCUACUAGCGCUUGAUUUUGGUCCUUCAGUGACCCUAUUGCUGAGCCCAGGAACCAUGGGAUCUGAAGCAGGGUGACUCCCACAAACUUACUGGACCCUUUGGGUGUCACAGAUUCCGGGUAGUACUUAUGACGUCUUUUGAUCUUACACAGGUACAUCUUCGUUACCACACCGUGCGAUAAAUUACCCGGUUCAUUCUAGUCAAGACUAGCUCCUUGUACCCUGAGCCCCAUCCGUUUUCAACUCAUCCCAAUAUUCCUUUCUUUCUGUAGACUCUUCCUCAGAAAUUACAGCACGUUUCCUUGC